AUGAACAAGAAGAGGAAGACCCACUUAUUUGAUUUGUACUGGGAAGAUAUUAUUGUGGCUAAAAUCAUGCCCCUUUUAUCUAUUCAAGAGUGCUUUAUAUUCAGAAGCGUAUCACGUACGUGUUUACAAAUAGUAAACAUGUAUUUCUCUAAAUUGAGAUCAUUGAAGCUUAUGAACAAGGGGUUUUCGCCCCACACAUUUAACGUAUUUGGCAUGACUUGCACCAAAUUGAAACUGUUGAAUUUAAGUAGAUGCAGCACUAUCACAGACGCAGAACUGAUACCCAUGCUGCGUCGUAACACCGAGUUAAUCAACCUGAAUCUAAGCCAAUGCAAAAAUUUAUCUGCAAAGUGUCUCCAGCCAGUUAUACUGUAUUGUGACAAUUUGCAAAUAUUAAAACUGGCACGAUGUUCUUGGCUUACAACGGGCGCAAUAGAAGCUCUUGCUCUUCAUCAAAGUAAACUUGAAGAUGUUGAUUUGGCAUAUUGUAUUUCAAUAUCAGAGAGUUGUAUUUUGAUAUUUAUAAAGAAGUUCAGACAGAUAAAGACUUUGAACCUAGAGGGAAAUAAACAGGUGACCGAUAAAUGUUUGUAUACCAUGUCCAAAUAUAGUAAGUCACUAAAACUCCUCAAUUUGGGUGGAUGUUGUGAUAUCACAGAUAAAGGAGUGAGGGCAUUAGCUUUGCACUUACCUCAGCUAGAGGGUUUACUGGUGCGUGGCUGCACUAAAGUCACAGAAAAUAGUCUGCAACUAAUGAGAGAUCGUGUUCAUCUCGACAGAAGGCCAUCACAAGCUGUGCCAUUACCAGUCUAUGUGCAAAUUUAA